AUGGCGUGUGAUUACGUAGAUAAAGAAAACAAUCGAUACCUGUCAGAUAGCGAAAUAGAUAAGUUAAAUGUGUCGCAAUUGAAAGAUUAUUUACGGGAUCACAACCAGUAUGUAUCAGGGAAAAAGUCUGAACUUGUAUUGCGUGCGAAAGGGGUUCAAAAAGCCGGAUUAAAUGAUCGAAAUGAAGUGCAGAUAAACGCGGAAGUGAACUUUGAAAAAAGACAAUGCGACAAACUUGUUACACCUCUUGGUCAGAAAUUGCCGCACCCAAAGACAUUGAUUUCGUGGACCAGUGAUUUAAUGAACAUUCCCUACUUCAGUGAUAGUGAUAUUUACAAUUACUUUGUUCUUAAGAUGAACACUAAGAAGCAGUUGAGGUCGAAGGUGUAUUAUGCAGACAGACAUGUGCACAGUAUUAUGUAUUGCAGCAUAGAUGAGAAAUGUGAACAUUGUUUUGUUAAGUGCAAGGUUAUGCCAUCAUUGCCAAGUGCCUCUACCAAAGACAAUCCAGACCACAAUGUUUGGCUCUGCCUGUCAAAAGUCACUGGCCAGGUCCAUUCUGCAGAUUGUGAUUGCACAGCUGGGAGGGGUGAAGCGUGCAAUCACAUCGGAGCGAUAAUGUAUGCCCUUUCAGACAUUUCAACAAAGAAGAAAGAUGGAACCAUUGCUUCAACAUCAAGUAAAUGUGUUUGGGACCAGUUUAACAACCCACGGAAAAGAAAAUUAACCCCGAAAAAGUCCAGUGAAUUAAAAUUCAGAAAAUUCAAAAUGGACACAGAAGAGCCAUCAAAACCAAAAAUGAAAACAGCUAAAGAACUCUUUAGUAUUUCAUUCUCAGAAGAGAACUUCCGAAAAAAACUGUCAGCAUGUAACUCUUCUGCUGGCUGGCUUCUUAACUUUGUCAACAGUAAAGAAGAACUCCAAGAGGAACAAGUUCCUCAGUUUUUGUUGAUAGAAUAUCAAUAUAAAGACUCAGUUAAUCUGAAGAGUGACACUGUUGUAGAAAAUAUGACAAAUGUGAUGAAAGGACUUAAGCUCAGUAAUGACCAAUGUGAGGCUGUUGAAAGGCUAACCAGAGGUCAGGGGAAAAAUCACAAUUGGAUAGUGGAAAGGAAGAUGAGGUUAACUGCCUCAAACUUUGGAGAAGUAGUUUGUCUCAAAUCAGAUACUCCUCCUGAAGGGCCAUUGAAGAGAAUUAUGUACCCCCCUAGUAUUACAAAUAGGUACAUGACAUGGGGAACCAAACACGAGCCUGCAGCCAGGAGGAAAUACUCACUUAUUAUGAAAAAGCAAUUUCCUGAUGUUAAAGUGUCUGAAUGUGGACUGUUCGUAAACGGUGACGUUCCAUACCUAGGUGCCAGUCCAGACGGGAUCGUAACUUACACAAAUGAUGGUAAAAGAGAAACUGGCGUAUUAGAGAUCAAGUGCCUAGCAUCAGACAGAUGGAAAUCAAUUUCACCUCAAGACUGUGCAAAAGAUACAGAGUUCUUUUGUAUUCUAGAUCCAGAAACUGGCUGCUGUAAACUCAAGACUGGACACAAAUAUUACUUUCAAGUCCAGGGACAAAUGGCACUGACUGGGAAGCCGUGGUGUGACUUUGUUGUAUGGACUCUUGGAGGUGUGUCGAUAGAACGCAUCCUGUUCGAUAAAAACUGUUGGGAAAACAUGCUUGUGAAGUUGAAAGAUUUCUACACAUAUGUUUUACUGGUAGAACUUUUCUGCAGAAGAGUACAACGAGGAUUGAAACUGUACUGAGAAUGACUUUAGAUAAAAGCUUGCUAUCAUUAAAGGAUUAAUGUAAAAGAACAUACAGAAGAACUUGACAAUAUCAAUUUGCUUGCAUGUUUAUACUUAAACAUUGUGUUCUUUUACACCAUAAAAUGCUUGUAUAAAAGGAGUGAAUUCGCAUAUUUUAUUGCUUCCAAAUGAAUGCACAAUAGUGACUUGUCACAACCUAAGAUUAAGAGUACAUUUAACAUACAUUGUAAGUUUUAUUUGAAAUACGUAACUAAAAUGAUUAUAUAAAUUGGAAUGUUUAAAGCUGCACUCUCAUAGAUAGAAUGUUUUGACCAGUUACCAGUUAUAUAAGAGUGCUGACAAAAAUAAGGUCACAGAGUUUUAUAUUUAAGUUAAAAAAUUGUUUAGGGCAUUUUUCUUAAACUGUUAGUAAUGAUUUAAGCCAUAUAACAUUAAUUUUCGAACGGAAAUAUGAAAAUCUGCAAUCUGAUCAUUGGUCAGCAAUCUUAUAUCAUUGUUUUGCAAAUAUUUAGGCACAAAUUUGCUCUUUCCAAGACAGAAAUUAAAAAAAAGUUGUAAACAUAGUAAAUCUUUGAGAGUGCAGCUUUAAUUUAUCCGAAUCUGUACAAUAACAGGGCUUCCAUUAAGAAUUUAAAACUGCAAGUAUGGACUUACUGAUAUUGGAAGAUUUUCACUGAAAUUAUUAAGUUUAAGUUUCCAUGAAUGCAUUUUUUUUUUUCAGUAUUUUUUCAAGUAGUAUGUUAAAAAUCAGAUAAUUUGUUGCUCUAUCUUGCAAAAUUCACAGAUUUAUGUUUGUACAGAUUAAUGUUUGUUAUUAUAAUUCAUUUUUGUUCAAAACUGAUUAAAAUUGUGAGCAUAAAAUUAAUAUUGCCACCAGGGUUUGCUAUUUUGGACUUCCAAGCUUUUGACUUUGGAAGUUUUCUUCAAAAUUAUAGAAGUUUUUGUUAAUGUUAAAUCUACCCAUUAUCAUGAACAACUUGCAUAUUAUUUUAUAGCCAUCAUGAAAAACAGAAUUUGAACUAAGACACUUCAAGGAUGAAAUAAAUAUUGUUCAGGUUUAAAGUGUUUUCCAUUGUAUAACUCCCAGUUUAAGUUCAUAUGUUUCAAGUACAUUAAUAACUAAUCCAAGUUACAAAAAGUUGGUUUAAUGGAUAGCCAAAUGGUUGGUUAUUGAAUAACCGAAGCUACAUAUUGUGACCAAACUUGAUUUGUACAUGUAGGAAUAGUUUCAGGAGUUCAUGUACUUCUAUGGGAUUGGGUUUUAAGCCCCUAUUGUCAAGGUCAAUGUUAGAAAAAUAGAAAAACAACAACAAUUGUCACUGUGCUGAAGUUCUGUCAAUCAUUGAAGACCUGUUUUUUCACAUUCUGGCUUUUCUUGUUGCAUCAUAAUUGCAUUCAUUCUUAAGUGAA